AUUCUGUUUAUCCGAUAACUGCAUCAGCUGUCAAAUUCAUCGACAUUAUUGCAGAUAUUUAAUUGAAUCAUUGGUAAAUUAACAUAACUCUUACAUUUGUCAUCAUUACACUAGGGGUAUCGAUGACUCGAUUGUUUUCUAUUAAUGAAUUCAACUUACUUGUUUUAUAUUUAAUCAUUGUUUCUGAAUUUUCUAAUCAAACAAUUAUUGACCUAAAAUAUUAAUAAAAAGUUAUUAAAUAUUUUCACUAAAGUACUAUAGAAAGUUAACGAUAAAUAGUAAAAAAACGUUCGAGGAGUUUAAUGAAGUGUAUCAAGUGUACUUAAGUAAGUUAUACUAAGUUAACUUCCUCUAACUUAUCACUGACAUAAUUGCAUAAAUUCAUUGAAUUUGUAGUCAAUUUGGAAUGCAGGCAUGGCUGCCAGUGGAGGUGGGAGUUUCAUAAGUAAACCUGUACGAGGAUGGUUACACCCAGACAAUUUAAUAAGCAAGGAAGGCAUCACUUAUGCCGUUAAGUAUAUUGGAUGCCUUGAAGUCUAUACCUCUAUGAAAAGUUUGGACUUCGAAACAAGAUCAUGUGUUGCCAAAGAAUGCAUAAGUCGAGUAUGCGAAGCUGCAGGUAUAAAGUCUGCUGAUAAAAAAAGAAGAGUUGGUCGUAGAGUCUUGAAAGCAAUUGCUAACAAACCUUGCAUGGAACAUGCAGGAGAAAACAUUAAUUUAACCAUAAGCAGUACCAGUUUAUCUCUUACAAGUCUUGAUACUGAUCAAAUUAUUGCAAAACACGGAAUGCCGCGAAUUUCUUUUGCCUCAGGAGGAGACACUGAAAUUCUUGACUUCGUAGCUUACGUCGCCAAGGAUAUGCAAGAAUGGAGAGCUUGUUAUGUUCUCGAGUGCGGUGGGGGGCUUGCACAAGAUGUUAUUUCUACAAUUGGACAAGCUUUUGAACUUAGGUUUAAAGAAUUUCUCACAAAACCUACGUCAUUACAUCCUGUAUUAAAUGGAAUACGAGAACCAGAAAGAGAUUAUUAUAACGAUUUACCCGGAAAAAUUCCACCGGAUAUUGGACCACCGCCAGUUCCUCCACUUCCAAUGACAGCAUCGACUUUACCUAAUUUAAAAUAUCAUCAUUCAAGUCAAAAUCAUGUAGGGAAUAGUAUGCAGUCAACUUCCUCAGAUCCGUUCCCCAGUAAUCGAAGUAGACAUGCUUCAACAGCUCAACAAUGGCCAGAGACGGGUAAUUUAAUUGACUUAAGCUCAGAUGGAGCAACAUCUUUACCACCACCUCAACCAGAGCAUAAUUAUGUAAACGACACAGUUAUUGCCGCUAAUAGAGAUUGUAGAAAAGAUCCUUCUUCAAUGUUUGAUGUAUUUGAUAUGCAGCCAUUUAGCACAGCAAUUUCAGAGAUGAACAAAUUAAGUCCAAGAUCUCAAAAACAACAAUUAAAAUUAGAGGUUUGGUAUCAUGGGAGUGUCAGUCGGUCUGAAGCAGAAGCAAUGCUUACAAAAGACGGGGAUUUCUUGGUUCGAGAAUCUCAAGGUUCUCCAGGUCAAUAUGUUUUAACAGGAAUGAAUAAUGGAACUCCAAAGCAUUUAUUACUAAUUGAUCCUGAAGGAGUAGUUCGUACAAAGGAUCGUAUUUUUGAUAGUGUCAGUCAUUUAGUAAAUCACCACUGCGACAACGCCUUGCCAAUUAUUUCCGCCGAUAGUGCUCUAGUACUUCGAUAUCCAGUACCGAAACGCACAGAAUUUUGAUUUUAAUUUUAAAGCCAAAAUUUGCUCGCUGGUGGCCAAUAGAAGUAUAAAUUUAAAGAAUUGUGUUAAAAUUUAUAAAAUAUUGGAUGUUGAUUUAAAUGUUUGUGUUAAAUCA